CGCUUGUUGCGCUGUGGGAGAAACGAGGGUGUAGAAUUGUAACGCACAACACUGCAAAUUUUCUACAACGGAGUGGUUGGUGUCGGCAAAAGCAAAGAAGUGAAGCAGAAGAAGCAACGGACGACAUCCAUCCACAGAGCAAAGAGCGAGCGAGUGCUUGUUGACACACGACCGCCGCCCAACGCUAAAGAACAACAGCACCACCACCACCACCACCUUCGACAGGAACAGCCCCUACAACAUACGCCAUGGAUUUCCUGAUUGCAUUGGUUGGCAAGGACUUUGUCCUCACUGCCGCUGACAGCGCGUCUGCGCGCAGCAUCAUGCGCAUGAAGUCAGACAUGGACAAGAUGAUCCCCCUGUCCAGCCACGCCCUCAUGCUUCUUGCAGGCCCUGUCGGCGACUGCUCCAACUUUGGCGACUACAUCCAGGCAAACCUGAAGCUGCAAGCGCUGACAAACGGCUUUGAAGCAUCCACACACGCCACCGCAAACUACGUUCGCAAAAACAUUGCCGAUGCUCUCCGAUCACGCGGUGCGUAUCAGGUCAACUCGCUGAUUGCGGGCGUCGAUGAGCAGGAUGGUCCCAGCCUCUACUACCUCGACUACCUCGGCACAAUGGUCAAGGUUCCCUAUGGUGCACAUGGCUACGGGAGCUUCUUCACAUUUGCAACACUCGACCACCACUACCGCGAGGGCAUGUCUCUGGAAGAGGCAACAGAUGUCCUCAAGAAGUGCUUCCUCGAGAUCAAGACGCGUUUCCUGAUGAACUUGGACUCGUUCAAGGUCCGCGUUGUCGACGCCGAUGGCAUUCGCGAAGUUGAGGUGGCGCAGCCCUGAGCACCAUGUAUCCUCGCAUGAGUGUAACGCUGUCUGUGGUUGGCUGGUGUGCGCGUGUGCUCACGCCACAUGCGUGCAGCAUGUCUUUGCCGUUGUUCUUUCGUGUUUGUUCUGUCGUGGGGUUUGUUGUUCUCUCAUUCGUCUGUCUUGUCUCUGUGCGGGUUUGUGAUGAUGUGAUGGGGCUGAAAACCACAUCUGUGUUGUUGGUUGCAAUUGUCCGCGUGAACAUUCUAUGCUUGUGAACUCCAAAUGAACGAAUCAAGCCA